AUAAUAUACACAUAGUUUUUCACUGCGUAAGCAUAAAUUUUGAAUAAAUUUGGUACUAAAGUUUGUAAUUGAUGAAGUGAUGGUUGUUAAUGACUAGACUAGAAGAAUGUAUUCAACUCCUUCACUCUACUAUAAUAAGAAGAGCUUCUCAAAAAUCAAUAAACACACAAACACCAAAAGUACAAGUAUGGGAGAAGUGAAGGUGUUGGGAGCAUGGGGCAGCCCAUUCAGCAGAAGAGUGGAGAUGGCCCUGAAACUGAAAGGGGUAGAAUAUGAAUACAUGGAAGAAGAUCUGAUCAACAAGUCCCCUUUGCUUCUCAAGCACAACCCGGUUCACAAGAAACUGCCUGUUCUCCUGCACAACGCCAAUCCCAUCGCCGACUCUUUGGUCAUUCUUGAAUAUAUAGAUGAAACCUGGGAAGGCCCACCCAUUCUUCCCAAAGAUCCAUAUGAAAGAUCAAAGGCCCGUUUCUGGGCCAAGUUCGUGGAUGACGAGUGCCUGCCUGCGAUGUGGAAAGCAUGUUGGAGCAGCGGAGAGGAGCGAGAGAAAGCCAAGGAAGAAGCGGUGGAGCUGCUGAAGUUUCUGGACAGUGAAAUAAAGGGAAAGAAGUGGUUCGGAGGUGACAACAUUGGAAUAGUUGACAUUGCGGCCAAUUUCAUUGCGUAUUGGUUUGGAAUUAUUGCGGAAGUGGUGGGACUUGUUGAUGAAGUCAUAACCCAAGAGAAGCACCCCAAUCUGUGUAAAUGGAUUGAGAAGUACAAUAAGUGCAGCUUUGUAAAGGAAAAUGUACCACCUAAGGACAAACUGGCUGAGAAAUUUAAGGAUGGGAGCCCCCCCCCCCCCCCGCCGCUAAAUAGUGCUUCGUAGGGUGUGCUUUCUGAUUGAAUAAGAUGUUUGUGUUGAGUAAUAAAUGGGGCUUUUGCCACCCACUUGUACUAAUUAACUAUAAACUCAACUAUUAUGCCUGUCUUCCC